CAUCUUGUAAUGGAAGAUGGAAGACAAAGGGGCUCGUGUUGCUGACUACUUUGUUGUCGCAGGACUAACAGAUAUUUCCAAACCACUAGAGGAAGAAAUCCACUUCAAUGAUGCUUGCCAUAAAAUCGCUAAACCAAAAGAACCUAUUACAGAUGUAACAGUACUUAAUAAAUCUCUGGGGGAGGAAGUUCCUCAGGGAUAUAAAUGUAUAGAUGUUACUCCCUCAGGACUGUCUGCAGAUCUCAAUAAUGGCAGUCUUGUAGGACCACAAAUGUACCUUUGUUAUCGCCGAGGAAGGGAUAAGCCCCCACUUACUGAUUUGGGGGUUUUAUAUGAUGGGAAAGAAAGAGUAAAGCAAGGUUGUGAAAUAAUUCAAACCACUCCCUACGGUCGGCCUGCUAACAUCAGUGGCAGUGCCUCCUCGCAGCGAGUGUACAUCACUUACCGAAGAGCAUCCGAAAACAUGACACAGAACACGCUGGCUGUUACAGAUAUAUGUAUAAUCAUACCAAGUAAAGGAGAAACCCCUCCACACACAUUCUGCAAGGUUGACAAGAAUCUUAAUAAUAGCAUGUGGGGCUCAGCAGUGUAUUUAUGUUAUAAAAAGUCUGUGGCAAAAACCAACACCAUAUCAUAUAAAGCUGGAUUAAUAUGUAGAUAUCCCGAAGAAGAUUAUGAAUCAUUCCCGUUACCAGAAUCUGUGCCUCUUUUUUGUCUACCUAUGGGUGCAACAAUUGAAUGUUGGCCAUCUAACAGUAAAUACCCUCUCCCAGUUUUUUCUACAUUUGUACUAACUGGAGCUUCUGCAGAAAAGGUAUAUGGUGCUGCUAUUCAGUUUUAUGAACUGUAUCCUGAAGAGAAUCUCUCAGAGAAACAAAAAUCUCAACUGGGAUUAGCAGCUGCUGCUGAGGGAAAGUCAGACACAUGUAGAACAGUUCAAACUAAUAAAUGCAUCUGUCUGCUCUCUCACUGGCCUUUCUUUGAUGCUUUCAAGAAGUUUCUUACCUUUCUGUAUCGCUACUCCAUCUCUGGUCCACAUGUCCUGCCCAUCGAGAAACACAUUUCCCAUUUCAUGCAUAAAGUUCCUUUUCCAUCCCCUCAGAGGCCAAGAAUUCUAGUUCAGCUAUCUCCACAUGAUAACCUGAUUCUUAGCCAGCCUGUGUCAUCGCCCCUUCCACUGAGUGGGGGCAAGUUUUCUACACUACUUCAGAAUUUAGGACCUGAAAAUGCAGUAACUCUACUUGUGUUCGCUGUGACGGAACAUAAAAUUCUCAUCCAUUCAUUACGACCUUCUGUCCUUACUAGUGUGACAGAGGCAUUAGUCUCUAUGAUAUUUCCCUUCCACUGGCCUUGCCCGUAUAUUCCUCUCUGUCCCUUGGCACUGGCAGAUGUGUUAAGUGCACCAUGCCCUUUCAUAGUGGGAAUUGAUUCAAGAUACUUUGAUCUCUAUGACCCUCCACCAGACGUUAGCUGUGUUGACCUCGAUACCAACACAAUUUCUCAAACUGGAGAUAAGAAAACUAUUGCAUGGAAGAUCUUACCAAAGAAACCUUGUAAAAAUCUGAUGAACACUUUAAGUAAUUUAUAUCAGCAACUGGCAGAAUUGCAACAGCGACCAAGAGAAGAUGCAUUAAUGGAAUUAGCAAUGAAUGAUUACGAUUUUAAUUCCGGGAAGAAAUUGCAUCUGUUAGAUUUGGAGAUCCAGGAAGCAUUUCUGUGUUUCAUGGCCUCAAUACUAAAAGGUUACAGGUCUUAUCUCAGGCCAAUAACAGAGGCACCCUCUGAAACAGCCACAGAUGCAAGUUCUCUCUUUGAACUACAAGGUUUUCUCAAAAGUCGAGAUCGUUCGCAUCAGAAGUUCUACACGUUGAUGACCAAAACUCAGAUGUUUAUUCGCUUCAUUGAAGAGUGUUCUUUUGUCAGUGAUAAGGAUGCAAGCCUUGCUUUUUUCGAUGACUGCGUAGAUAAAGUAGAUAUGGACAAAACUGGGGAAACACGACUUAUAGAGCUGGAUGAGUCAUACAAGAGUGAGCAUACAGUUUUCAUAACACCACCUGAGAUCCCCCAUCUGCCAAAUGGUGAAGAGCACCCUCUACAAUACAGCUAUAAUGGAUUUCCAGUGUUAAAACUAGAUUUGUUUGAGCGACCAGAAGGAUUUCUCAAAGCACCAAAAAACAAACUGUCCUCAAAAGCCAGUAGUCCCAACAGCCCAUCACCAAUGUUCAGAAGAACUAAACAGGAAAUUAAAUCAGCACAUAAAAUUGCUAAGAAGUACUCAUCCAUACCACAGAUGUGGUCCAGGUGUUUGCUGCGUCACUGCUACGGUCUUUGGUUUAUCUGCCUCCCUGCAUAUGUGAAAGUGUGCCAUUCAAAAGUCAGGGCUCUGAAAACUGCUUAUGAUGUGCUGCAAAAAAUGCAUACCAAAAAAAUAGAUCCACCUGAUGAGGUGUGCUACCGAGUACUCAUGCAACUGUGCGGACAGUAUGGGCAGCCUGUGCUAGCAGUGCGGGUGCUGUUCGAAAUGCAGAAAGCUGGUGUUGACCCUAAUGCCAUUACUUAUGGCUACUACAACAAGGCUGUUCUGGAAAGCACCUGGCCUUCAAGCAAUCGAGGUGGCUAUUUCCUGUGGAUGAAAGUACGAAAUGUUGUUUUAGGAAUAGCACAGUUUAAAAAAGCAUUGAAAAAGCUACCAGCAAACACGUCACAUACAGCCACUCCUGGAGGACUUUCAGACUCUGGAAAUAACACAUCAUUCAAAGAAGAAGCCAAGCAAGGGAAAACUUGUCUUCAAGAUAUACAAGAACAAAAGGAGGACAAGAGAGAGAGUGACUCCAGUUCUUUGUCCGAAGUGGAGAGCACAAAAGGGAGUGGUGACUGCCUGCCCAAACUAAAUUACCAGAACUCAAGCAAUGCCAAAACCGCUUCUAGCAUAGUGCGGCUCAACGGUACAGUUGACAAUACCAUAGCAGAAGCCAGCACAGAGAGUUCUGUAGGAUUGCUGUUUACAUCAUCUUUUGAGGAUGCCAGUGAAGCAGAAGUUAUAAAAAGUAAAUCCUUAAGAAAGAGACAUAAAAGUGCAGUAGAACCUGACUUAAGGGAGAUACCAUGGGAAAGCAGGAACCGUAACCUGAGUGGAGAUGGCUUAGUGGGACUCAUGAUGAAUAGAAUAAAUCAGGAAACAAACCCUGGAGAAAUGGUUGAAAAACUAGGAGCUGACGCCAAAAUCCUAUCUAGUGCAUUACAGAAAAGCAUAAGGCCAAAAACUCUUAAUAUCAGAAGUUCUUCUUUAGGAUCUAAGAGAGAAAGCCUGGAGAAAGAAUCUAGUGAUGAAGACGCAGCUUUUGAUUGCAGUUUUACAGAUAAAACAGAGUCUCCUGUUAUCUUUGAUUUGGAAGACUUGGAUGCAGAACCCGAAACAGCUACAGCAGUGAAACCCUCCAGUGAAAAAUCCAAAAGGCUGCAAAGAAAGAGCAGCUUUCCAGUAAAGCCAGUUGAAAAGACAGAUGUUGAAACUGGAUUUGAUCCGCUGUCUCUGCUGGUUGCAGAGACAGAACAGCAGAAAGAGGAAGAGGAGGAUGAUGAUGAUAGAAGUGUUUCUACUCCAUCUGCAAGACGAGAUUUAGCUGAAGAGAUAGUCAUGUACAUGAACAAUAUGAGCAGCCCUUUGUCAAGUCGUGCCCCAAGCAUUGAGUUGCAAAAGCCCUUUGAUGACAGAAAUGCUAAUAAAAAAAGCCCAACAAUAAUCCAAUCUUGCAGGAGGUCCAGCCUUCCCCCAAACUCUCCAAGGCCAUCCAGCCUUAUCAAAUCCAAGAGUUAUCAUGCAAGAAAUGAAGAAAGGACAAGAGACAGGCUCUGGUCCUCCCCAGCUUAUUCCCCAAAUAGUCCAGCAAAGGAACAGCCACAGGAUGCAACUAGUGCAUUAACACUUGUGUCUUCACCGUCAUUCAACUUGGAUACGCUGUUAACACCCAAGUUUGAUGUUCUAAAAAGCAGCAUGUUUUCUGCUGGAAAAGGGGUUGCAGAGAAAGCUAGCAAGUGGUACUCAAAAUUUACAAUGUAUGCUGCAUCCUCAAAGGAUCAAAAUUCAGACCGAGCAAGUGUUUCAUCUCUUGGAGCUCUGGACUCGGAAUCUACUUCUCUAACUGAUGAAGAUGUCUGCAAUGAUUUUGAAAGUGCUUCUCCUCAGGAGAAUACCACAUCAGAAAUUAAGGGAAUUGGCCUCAGCAGGACAAGCCUAGAAAGCUCGGCUUCCCAUGAUGGUUCUCUUUCGAAGUUCCCUCUACCUGACAAAUCAGAGUUGAUAUCUUCCUGCAGUACAAGCAGUACCAGUGUGUUUCAGAACUACGCUAUGGAGGUCCUCAUCUCAAGCUGUUCACGAUGUAGAACUUGUGACUGUUUGGUUCAUGAUGAAGAAAUCAUGGCAGGUUGGACAGCAGAUGAUUCAAAUCUCAACACCACGUGUCCAUUCUGUGGCAAUUUAUUCCUGCCUUUUUUAAGCAUAGAAAUCAGAGAUCUCCGGCGACCUGGACGUUACUUCCUGAAGUCCAGCCCUUCUACAGAAAACAUGCAGUACCCAUCACUUUUCUCAAAUCAGAGCGGGAAGUCCUGUAACACUGCAGCUACUGUUGGCCUUGCUACGUCUCUAAUGUCUGUUCAAGAGGAUAUAAAUUCAAACAGCAAAUCUAAGCAGCAUGAGAAUAGUUGUGCCAGAAGUAUCCAGAUCCCCUCAGGAAGAAGACAAAAUACCUCUGGGUCAGAAUGUACAAGUCACCCUGUAGCAAGGAGUAUCAGUACUUUUGGUCCACUGGAAGAAGAUGAGAAGGAAAACCAGAAGAUCAGCCAUAUCAUUCCUACUGGUAGCCUGCCUGCUACUUUGCAAGGACCAACAGAUUCCCUGGGCCUAGAAUGGCGCUUACCUAGUCCUGAUCCUAUAACGGUUCCUUAUCUCAGUCCUCUAGUGGUAUGGAAAGAACUCGAGAGCUUGCUUGAAAAUGAAGGGGAUCAUGCAAUAACAGUGGCAGACUUUGUAGAUCAUCACCCCAUUGUGUUCUGGAAUUUGGUGUGGUAUUUCAGACGCUUGGACUUGCCCAGCAACUUACCAGGAUUAAUACUUUCUUCUGAGCACUGUAACAAAAACUCCAAGAUUCCACGAAGCUGUAUGUCAGAGGACAGUAAAUAUGUUCUUAUUCAGAUGCUAUGGGACAAUAUGAAAUUGCACCAGGAUCCAAGGCAGCCUCUGUAUAUAUUGUGGAAUGCUCAGACCCAGAAGUACCCGAUGGUCCAUUUGUUGCAGAAAGAUGAUGACUCCUUUAAUCAGGAGCUCUUGAGAAGUAUGGUGAAAAGCAUUAAGAUGAAUGAUGUGUAUGGACCAAUGAGUCAGAUAUUGGAGAGAUUGAACAAAUGGCCACAUAUGAAAAGACAGCGGAGUCUUUACAGAGAAAUACUAUUUCUUUCACUUGUUGCCCUAGGAAGAGAUAACAUUGAUAUAGAUGCUUUUGACAGAGAGUACAAAAUGGCCUAUGAUCGUCUCACAGCUAGUCAAGUGAAGAAUACUCAUAAUUGUGAUAGACCACCAAGUACUGGAGUGAUGGAAUGCAGAAAGAUUUUUGGAGAACCAUAUCUUUAA